UUCUUUUUACACCACCACUAAAAUUAAACACGCGCCCUUCAUCUUCAGAAACCCACACCCUUCAAUCUUCAGAAACCUCACCACCACCUUCGCCGUUUUCACGCCUUCACCUUUGCUCACCACCACUCACCUUCACUCACCACUACUCACUGGCGCCCUUCUCCUUCGUUCAUCUUCGCUCACCACUCACUGUCGCCGGUCCUCAUCUUCUUCAUCUUCACCUUUGAUGCCCUGUAUGCCGCGUACCUCGACUGUAGCGCCGCUACCAGCGAUGUUGUUAGCAGGAUGAUUCUCCCUCUGACACCGCGCUUCACUCUAUUCGUUGCCUCUACAAGAACGCGCCCGGAGUGUUCACGCUACUCACCAUCGUGACCUUUGUCUCACUAUGUAUCCUCUCUGAAUCUCUACAUCUAGAAUGGAGAUGCCUCAGGGGUUUAGGGGUUUUGAGAUGUUCGUCACUUCGUUCAUCCGUUCCAUGCGGCAUCAUCCGUUCCAUUACGUUCAUUACACAGAGUUUAAUAGAAGGCUUGAUGAGUGGGUGAAGCUCGAACAACUUGAUCUUGAGUCAGUAGAGGCUGUUGUUGAUGAGAAAGUGGAGGAAAAGGGGGCAACAGGCUUGAAGAUGACACGCCACCAGAAGAGGAAGAUUGAUGAGACAUAUGUAGAGGGCCACGAGGAGCUUGAUGCUGCCAGUUUGCGAGAACACGAAGAAUUUACCAAAGUAAAAAAUAUAGCUACUAUUGAAUUUGGAAGAUAUGAGAUUGAGACAUGGUACUUCUCCCCCUUCCCACCAGAAUACAAUGACUGUUUGAAGCUGUACUUUUGUGAGUUUUGCCUCAAUUUCAUGAAACGGAAAGAACAACUUCAGAGGCAUAUGAGAAAAUGUGAUCUUAAGCAUCCCCCUGGUGAUGAAAAAUAUACAGAAGUGGUACCCUGUCAAUGUUUGAGGAUAAUAUUGAGGAUGAUGAUAAUGAAGAUUAAGUUGAUUAUUAUUGUGAUUUAUUGGCUAAGAUAGAGUAGUGUUGGGAAUAGAUACACGUAUAGUUGACUAAUGACUUUUAUUAGAAGAUACUUAUGUAGGAUAUAAUAUUUAGUUUUUAUAGAGUAUUAGUAGUAAAUUCUAAGUGAUAUCAUAGUUAUUUUGAUAUGGCUAUGUUUAUUUUAAUAUGAGAUGUAUGAAUAUUUAAAAUUAAUAUUAUUCUAGUACUUUUGG